AUGGCUUCUGUGGUGGUCCACGAUUCCAUUAAUAUAAACGUGUUUCCGAAGCGUCGUGUGCUGUUUCAGUUCACCUUGGGGAUAGGCAUCCCGCUGAACAUCCCGAACCGGCGCGCGUCCAUGGGCUACGCGCUGCAGGCGCAGUUCUUGGUGCCGGUGAACGCGUCGCAGCUGGAGCCGCUGCUGGCGGCGAGGGGCGGGCGGCGCGGCGCGCGCGCGCUCUACCGGCGGCUGGAGGAAGCUGCGGGCGACGCGCGCUGCCUGCUGCGGGCCGUGUGCCACGCUGCCGCGGAGCCUCUGCACGCCGCAGGCCUGCUCGAGGAACUCCUCACCCUGCUGCUCACGUAA